AUGGUGCUCCUUAGCAUUGUGCUCGCCUUGGUGGGCUUACUCACUUCUACCCUUGCCACUGUUACCCUCCCUAUGCGAGAUCCCCCCCCUCUGCAAGGCCCACCCAACCUGUUAAAAGGUUCUGAUGAGAAAUUGAGCCGGCAACAGAUAAAAAGGGAUAUCAAGAAUACCGGCGAUGUAGCGGCUUGUGACAAGGAAUAUCGAACUGGGACUUGGGUCAACCAUGAGUGUACUGAGAAGUUUGUGACCGACCCGCUAUAUAUCAGGCCCAAGGUGCGAUGGGAAGGGCUUGAAUGUGCUGCUGCUUGGAAUGAUGCGAAGAUCAGAUGGAACUUUUGUGAUAGGCCUAAUAACACAUCAUUCAGUGCUUCAGUUUCGAACUUUUUGAAGUACGUGGAGGUGAGGGCAUGUAGGGACCUGGCCUUGCAUAACAACUGUGUGCUUAGUGCCUCGUGUGAAGCUCGUCAUUCGAUGCUUGAUGCGAAAGAAGAUUGGACCGGGGCAGGUGCAUACCUGGUCUGGAACUCGCUCACACAAGUCCUUGCCCUGAUAAAAAAUUAUCAAUCUUCCCUACGACAAGCAGCCGUCGAGGUCCAAAAUAAAAAGAAUAAGUUUGUGGACACGUUCGCUCCCCAGGGGCAUCGGCCCGACGAUGCCAUCUGGCUUAAUGUGCUUUUAACCCUUAUUCUAAUUCCGUCAACAACUCUGGGCACGCUCUUCUGGAAAGGAGCACUUAAGGACCUGGAUUUCUUCAAGGAUAAGUCUCUGGCUCUAGAUUUAUCAAAGGAUACUUCACAGGCCUUAGUCUCUGCUGGCUAUAUAAUUACUAAAACUUUCAUAGAGAAGGAAACAGCAAAAGAGGUGACCUUCGAUUAUUUAUACGAUAAUCUGGUCAGCAAAUGGACUGAUCAGAUUGACCAACUGAUUAACACCCUGUUCAGCGGCACCGACGAGAGUCUUCAACAACUCAGCAAGAUUAUCUCGGAUGGCAAGAUGAUUGCCGGAGCAACUGACCGUUCAGAGGGCACGACUGAUCACACAGAGGCAUUCCUACAGGAAAAGCUAGCAGAACGAGCCUUCUACGCUGCUGCCAUCCCAUCCGUGUGGAAAAUGCGGAACCCAUACGCGAGCUAUCCUGUCGUUCUUGACCUUGGCCCCGACUGUAACAGAGAUAUUGGCUCAGACAAGUAUUUUAGGAGCAAAGAAAACUACAAGCAGGGCUGGAUAUGCCUUGAUGGACAUAAUUAUAUCCUUGCUUCUACGUAUGAGCGCAACAACGAUGGACCGAAUUGUCUACCCGAGUUUUAUCCUUGGUGCCUCAACCUUCCGGGAAACCUCUUUCCAUUGCCAGGUUUGGACAAAAUUAUAAACCCUAAUGAAACAUUUGGCGGUGUGACAGUAGAGGACCUCGUCGCGGGGGCUGUAAAUACAUGGAAACGGUCUGGAAAAAUGAACAUCAUGGACAAUACUCUCGAAGUCAUCAAUCCCUCAAAUAAAGACGAUUUUGAUGACAUUUGGGACCAUGGCAUCCGUGCGCCCGGGAAUAUUCGUAUCCCCGUUUGCAGCGUAGAGGAAGCCGACUUUUUGGCGAAGGACGGCACCACCAAUGGCCUUCCAGAUGAAAAUCGCCCGAGCUUCCCUUGCUUGAGGGAUCCAAAUAAAGGGUACGAGAGCACUUAUUGGGGUACGUGGCCCAAUUAA